UGCCAUGUAAUAUCCUGGCCGCGCGGGCGCGCGAGGGGCUGAGGCGGCGCCGGGGCGGGCGCAGAGCUGGCGAGAGGGCGGAGGAGGCGGUGCCGUAGGGGCCCGCUGAGGCGCGCGGGGGGUUGGCGGCGCCCGGAAGCCUGUCGCUUGCGCGGUCCCUCCGGUUCGCUGGGUCCGGGCUGGAGGCCCGACGGCGGCAGGCAGCAUGUCGGUAGCGGGGCUGAAGAAGCAGUUCUACAAGGCGAGCCAGCUGGUCAGUGAGAAGGUCGGAGGGGCUGAAGGGACCAAGCUGGAUGAUGACUUCAAAGAGAUGGAGAAGAAGGUGGAUGUUACCAGCAAGGCUGUGACGGAAGUGUUGGCCAGAACCAUCGAGUACCUGCAGCCCAACCCAGCCUCUCGGGCCAAGCUGACGAUGCUCAACACGGUGUCCAAGAUCCGAGGGCAGGUGAAGAACCCCGGCUACCCGCAGUCGGAGGGCCUGCUGGGCGAGUGCAUGAUCCGCCACGGGAAGGAGCUGGGCGGCGAGUCCAACUUUGGUGAUGCCCUGUUGGAUGCCGGGGAGUCCAUGAAGCGCCUGGCCGAGGUGAAGGACUCCCUGGACAUAGAGGUCAAGCAGAACUUCAUUGACCCGCUCCAGAACCUGUGUGACAAGGACCUGAAGGAGAUCCAGCACCACCUGAAGAAGCUGGAGGGCCGCCGUCUGGACUUCGACUACAAGAAGAAGCGGCAGGGCAAGAUCCCAGACGAGGAGCUGCGCCAGGCCAUGGAGAAGUUCGAGGAGUCCAAGGAGGUGGCUGAGACCAGCAUGCACAACCUCCUGGAGACUGACAUUGAGCAGGUGAGCCAGCUCUCCGCCCUGGUGGACGCCCAGCUGGACUACCACCGGCAGGCCGUGCAGAUCCUGGAUGAGUUGGCCGACAAGCUCAAGCGAAGGAUGCGGGAAGCCUCUUCACGCCCCAAGAGGGAGUAUAAGCCCAAGCCCCGGGAGCCUUUGGACCUCGGAGAGCCUGAGCAGUCCAACGGGGGCUUCCCCUGCACCACGGCCCCCAAGAUCACAGCUUCAUCAUCUUUCCGGUCUUCCGACAAGCCCACCCGGACUCCCAGCAGCAGGAGCAUGCGGGCAGAUGACAGCCGGGACCUCCCCCCGCCCCCAGCGCCCCUGGACCAGCCGAGCUGCAAGGCCCUGUACGACUUCGAGCCUGAGAACGACGGGGAGCUGGGCUUCCACGAGGGCGACAUCAUCACGCUGACCAACCAGAUCGACGAGAACUGGUACGAGGGCAUGCUCCACGGCCAGUCCGGCUUCUUCCCGCUCAGCUACGUGGAGGUGCUGGUGCCCCUGCCUCAGUGACCGCGUCUCCGUCCGGAUCUCUGCAUUCCAUGGGCCCCGUGGCGGGGGGGGGGGGGGGGGGGGGUGCUCGCAGCCCGCGGGGUGCUCCCCUCUGGCCGCCAGCCCUGGGGCAGCAGGGCCUGUUUACACUAGCGCUCACCCCUGGUGGAGGGGACUCUCCUCCCCACUCCACGUGGCAGCCUUGGGGGCUGGGCAGUGUUCCUCCUUCCUGCUGCUCCGACUCGGCCCCCCAGCCCCGCCCCACCCCACCCCGAGGAGGCCCACACUAAGGUGCUCUUAGAAACACUAACUCCUCCUGCCCCUUCUCCAGGGCCUGGUCACUCCUCGGGGGCCUCCCUUCUCUCUCUUUCUGCCCCUCCCUCUCUUCCCCACCCCUCCCCUCUCCCACACACACACAUCCUCUCCCACCUCCAUCCUGCUCUGCCCGGAGACCUGCCCGUAACAGGAUGGGACUGAACAUAGGUGCAACAGGUGGUCUGGGUGAGACCCCUGGCUGAGACUCAGCAGCCUGCUUUUAAACUCCCCCCAGACAUUCCCAGCCCCCUCCACGGGUCCCUAGGCCCCUGAAUGCCUACAGAUGCCAGCUUCUUUGAAGGGCCUCGCCCCUUCCCUCUGGCUGGGGACUCGGGGAGAGAUGAGCCUGGGGUUUUCAGGGGCCAGGGCCCCUAAGGACAGGCCAUCUCCCUCCUGCAGGGCACUGAGUCAUAACACCUGUGCCCACUGCCCCACCCCACCCCCCCACCCCCAGCCGAGCACCCGGAGCAUCUCUCUGUGGCACAAGCUGCUGUCACCAGCGCACGUACGUGCGUGUACACACACACACACACACACGGGACCAUGGGCACCCAGCCUCCACUGUGUGGAAGGUCAAGCACAAAGGCUUUGAUAAGUGAAUGUUCCCAGACCCCUGGCUGCUGGGACCCCUGGGGGAGUCACGGGCACCUCCCUGUUCCGAGCUGGCCGCCACACCCUCUUUGGUCAGUGGCCCAGGCUGUCUCCUCCAGACCAGUAGGGCCCCAGCCCUGCACCCACUCCCCCUCUUGCCUAAUCCCAAACUUGGCUAAACAGGGGAGCCCGGGCCGGUUCACAUUCCCCUCCUCCGGUGAUCUGGUAAAGCCCCCAAGGACACCAGGCCCUCCCUGUGCGUCCCCGAGGCCCCCUGGUUACCAGUAGGUGGAGGAGGCACAGACAUCAGUCUAGGGCAGAUCAAAAUGUAAUCCUGAUGUUUUUUUAAAAAAGUAUUAAAUGUCUCUUUCUACA